AGAUUCUACAGUCAUGACUAAAUCUGAAAAUCAAGAAUCAUAAGCAAAAUAGACAAGAAAGUACUAGAAAAUUGAUAAGGAAGAAAGAAGACAAGUUUUAAAGCUUCUUUUAUAGGACAAGCUCUCUUUAUAAGAGGUAUCAAAUUAAUCCAAAUUAAAUGAUUAUGUCUUACCAUUAUAUAUGAUAUCUUAAUCCUUUAUUCUUUUAGGUAGCAAAUAGGUUGAAGCUAAAAUACUGUACUGUACGUACAAUCUAAAAAGCUUAUGAAAAAGAGGGUAGGAUAGGUAAAAAAGAGACAAGAAAGAAGAAGCUCAAGGUGGAGAAUAUCUUGAAGAUUUCAAUUAUUAAUCCUCUUACUUUCUAACUGUCUGAGCCUAUUGUAUCAUCGGAAGUUAGUCAGGUAAUUUUAAAUAAAUUUAUAUAGAUAUAUAUUGACAAACAACCUUCUAAAGAAGAUUAAGCAAAUUUGAUUUAAGAAUAGCAUACUCUUCUUCAAUAACAUUGUCAGAAACUAUUUUCUAUAUUAACUUAAUAAUAUUAGAAGGCUGCAGAAUCCUAGAAUCCAUUUUAUUACACAACUAUUUAAAAUUUAUUUUUGGCAUCCCAAUUAAUAUUCAAGCAACUUAUGGAAGUUAAAUAGUAAAUCCCCAUAAAAUAAGAAUAUGAACCUGUGUCUCCAACACUAACAUAAUAUCCUCUUUAAUUGUAACAACAUUUAUACUAACCACCAUUUGCUGUGAUGUUGCCACGAAUUAAUUCUUGA